UCGUUUGUUGGCACAAUUGGCUCUUUAGAAUAAGCGAGAGUGAUUUUGCGCACAGGGAUUUCUGGAGCCAUGGGUGGAAGUGCGAUGGGGCGGAUAAAAGAAAAUAUUAGUGUUCUCAAAUUGGGAAAUUUUAGUAAUUUUAAUGUAGGCCUGCACCUGAGAUACGACGGGACGAUGUUGCUAUCCACAUUGUAGGAUUAGCCGCUACUUAGAGCUCUCGGUUGAAGAGACAGCUUUGUAAGAAGGGUGCUCGGACCCUCGCGCUCCGAGUCAGGUGCACGAGCCUGCACAGUGAUCCAAGUCGCACCUAUGGAUCGCUUCAAUGGAUGUCUUCAAACCCGCUUUUGACAACAGUUUAAGUCCCAAGGUGUGCGUCUCUCCGUCCAAUGGAACAGAACCGGAGGUUGUUUGCUGGCCAGCACCAGAGCAUUGCAUUUCGGCUACAGGAACGGUUGCGUCUGGCUACUGGACCGCCGUCUUUGACUAUGAGGCCAGUGCAGAGGAUGAGCUCAGUUUACGAAAGGGGGACUUGGUGGAGGUCUUGUCGAAAGACUCUUUAGUUUCUGGAGAUGAGGGCUGGUGGACUGGGGUGAUAGAGGACCGGGUUGGCAUUUUCCCCAGUAAUUACGUUAGUAGUGGGAAUGGCAUCUCGGAGAAAAUACGGGACACCACCGAAGAGGAAUACUCCGAGUACUCGGUCCCACCGCUGCACCUGUUGGAGAUCGACUUCUCCGAGCUGGCCCUGGAGGAGAUCAUCGGGGUGGGGGGCUUCGGGAAGGUGUACCGUGCCAUCUGGCGCGGCGCCGAGGUGGCGGUGAAGGCGGCCCGCCGCGACCCGGACGAGGAGGCAGGCCAGACCCUGGAGAGCGUGCGACAGGAGGCCAAGCUGUUCGCCAUGCUGUGCCACCCCAACAUCAUGGCCCUGCUGGGUGUCUGCCUGCAGGAACCACACCUCUGCCUGGUGAUGGAGUUCGCCCGGGGCGGGCCCCUGAACCGGGCCCUCUCGGGGAAGAGGAUCCCCCCCUGCACCCUGGUGGACUGGGCCGUGCAGAUCGCCAGGGCCAUGCACUACCUGCACUGCCAGGCCAUCGUCCCCAUCAUACACAGAGACCUCAAGUCCAGCAACAUCCUCAUCCUGGAGAGAGUGGAGAUGGAGGACCUCAGCAACAAGACCCUGAAGAUCACAGACUUUGGGCUGGCGCGAGAGUGGCAUCGCACCACCAAGAUGAGCGCAGCGGGCACCUACGCCUGGAUGGCCCCGGAGGUCAUCCGCUCCUCCACCUUCUCCAAGGGGAGCGACGUGUGGAGCUAUGGUGUGCUGCUGUGGGAGCUGCUUACGGGAGAGGUGCCGUUCCGAGGCAUCGACGGUCUGGCCGUGGCGUACGGAGUGGCCAUGAACAAGCUGGCCCUGCCGGUCCCCUCCACCUGCCCAGAGCCCUUCACACGCCUCAUGGAAGACUGUUGGAACCCAGAUCCUCAUGAUCGGCCACUGUUUACCAGUAUUCUGGACCAGCUGACCACCAUAGAGGAGUCAGGCUUCUUUGAGAUGCCUGUGGAGUCGUUCCACUCUCUGCAGGAUGACUGGAAAGUGGAGAUCCAGGAGAUGUUCGACCAGCUUAGGGUCAAGGAGAAGGAGCUGCGUUCGUGGGAGGAGGAGCUGAGUCGGGCGGCCCUGCAGCAGAAGAGCCAGGAGGAGGACCUGCGGCGGCGCGAGCAGGAGCUGGCGGAGCGCGAGAUCCACAUCCUGGAGCGCGAGCUCAAUGUCAUCAUCCACCAGCUAUACCAGGAGAAGCCCCGCGUGGAGAGCAGGCAGGGCAAGUUCCGACGCAGUCGCCUCAAACUGAAGGACGGCAACCGGAUCAGUCUGCCCUCAGAUUUCCAGCACAAGAUCACGGUGCAGGCCUCUCCAUCACGGGACCACCGACGCAGGAGUCUCCUGGGGAGCAGCUCCAGCCCCCCCAACAGCCCCCCCAUCCUGCCACGCCUACGGGCCAUCCAGCUCACUCCGGGGGAGGGGUGCAAGGUGUGGGGCUGCACCACGGGCCUACAACUAGAGGAGGAAGAGGACCGGAAGGGCUCACGGAGGAAUCGUCACACACGCGUGUCUGGACCUCACUACCACCGGGAGCACAGCGCUGAUGAGACCAUCAAGCCCCCUCAGGAGGGCAGCAGGCAACGUUCAUGCAGCGCUCCUAACCUCCGCAGGUCACCCAGACACAGCCCUGCCGUACCCGGAGUGCCAAGCCUCACAGAGAUGGAGAACGAGGACUGCUGUUACACCGCCGAACCAGAAGGGGGAGGCUCUCCCGGCAAAUCCUACCUCUGCAUCCCCUUCCACAGGGAGGGGCACGCUGCUGACGGCGACGGGGAGGAGUACUGCCCCCGCAGUAACGCCCCGGACACGCCCCCCAGCAGGAAGAGCCCCAGUGGGGGCCGGCGCUCUGAGCUGGUGCUGCUGGGCUGCGGGGCUCUGCUGGCGGCAGUGGGGCUGGGCUUCAACAUCCUGGCGGGGGCCCAGCCGGAGGAGAGCUCCAAGCCCCGCUGGGAGGGCUUUUUCCACCGGCCCGGGGGCCUGCGGAGGGUGGGCAGCUCCCCGACGCGCAGGCUGUUCAGGCGGGAGAGCCCCUUGAGGCUUCCUGCGGCCCCCCUACCAGAGCGCGGCCUCCCCUCCUCCCUCACGCUGCUGUCCCUGUCCUCCAUGUCGGACUGUAACUCCACACGUUCCCUGCUGCGAGCGGACAGCGAGGAGCUGCUGGUCUACCGUCCAGCCUCCCCCCAGACUCUGGUCCAGCCUAUACCCCAGCCUCAAGCCCAGCCCCAGCCAGCACCAAUCAACCCCCUGGUCAACACCCACAUAGAGAGCUUCAAGUGCCACCCCCGCCAGUCCCUGACCCCAACACACAUCCCCUCCGCCCCCAGCUUCUCUCGCUGCCUGCACCGAACCCCCUCAGACGGGGCCAUCAAGAAGGGCUGUCCCCCCCCACACCUGGCCCCUCUGCCUGUCAGAGUCACACUGGACAACACAGCUGGUUUCAGAUGUUUGAGAGAUGACACGUCUGAGGUUCCCCGGCUGCCUGAUCCCAACCUCGUGUUUCCCCCCACACCCCGCCGUCGCUGUGCCCCCGAGCGCCCCAAAACGCUGGACUUCCUGUCUCGGCCACGCCCCUCGCCCCGGGCGCGUGGCGACAUGUUUUGGGGCGACACACCAGGCGGGAGGGUCCGGUUGAGCGGACAGGGCAGUGGAGAAUCCCCUGCCCACACCUCCAGCACAGAGACCCCCCCCACGGUGGAGUUCGGGGGAGGCGUGGUGCCCCCCACGCCCCUGGAGGCGCCCACCCCCUGCUCCCCCCGGAGGAGCGCCAACCUGCUGGACAAGCGAGACGAGGUACAGUCCCGGGACAGUACCCUCCCCCUCUGCAGGCCUGAGGCCGGCUACCCCCAACACUCACCCUAUAACCGGUACAAGCCUGGGUUCUGGUCCUAGCUAGGCCGCCUCCUCCCUCAGCCCCCCUGUGGAGCACCGUGGUCACAGCACCUCCAGUGAGAUGAGUGUGCCCACUGCUAGGCUUGGAAUGCAUCAGAAUGAUCCUCUUAUUUUGCCUGAUUAGAUCUUAGUCUCGUGCACAGGUGCCCUUGUCAUUUGUCAUCUGUCAUUUAAAGGCUUCAGUUCCUCCUGUAUGGCAACAGAAGGGGAAAGUGUUGGCUGGGAUAGUGCUUCACUGAGGUAUUCUUAAGUCCACAGUUUUUAAUUUAAGAGUUCAAGAUUGUGCAUUUUAACAAGUGCACUUUUGGACAGCAUUUUGAAUGUAAAGCUUUAUUUAUUUAGGUUGACCAUUUCUCCCUCGCAGUUGAGUAUGGCAUACUGCACUUUUUACUCAUUGAGAAUUAUUUUGAUUCUGCAGACUGAAACAUUUCUUUUGUGAUUUAUUUGUAUGUCACUUGAAUGUCCUUUUGCUUAAUGUUGGCUGCCAGGGCAGCAGUCGGAGCUGUUUUGUAUUAUUCACAAUGUCGUCACCCAACACAUGUAACCAACAUUGUACAGAAGCACCUCACUAAGCAUCAACUAGGGUACCCACAAACCAUCAUGCUUCUCAGAGAAACCAGUCCACGUUGUCUAAUAUUGCAAAACAUCCCCAUGAUGUGUGCAGGUUUUGAUGUCUUAACAAAAACAUGUUUAAUUACUCUGUAGAUUAUCUGCUUCAGAAUUGGAAAUUGGAUUCACUGUGUGUAUUGUGUGAGCAAUGGAGUGCAUGAGUUUUAAUUAAUUGUACUGUAUGAAACAGGCCCAGGAGGCAUGUGAAAGUAUUUGUUGUUGUUGAUUAUGUAUAUUUAUUUAUUUAUUUGAUUGUGUAUUUAUUUUGUUUUAUAUAUGUUUUGUGCUGCUCUACAUUUCUAUUCUCUUAUUGUGAACAUGUGGCCCUUAAUGGUGCACCUGUGCUACUGUGUUUAACGCACAGGUGCACUUGUCCAGCUGACUGGCUUCUACUCAGCACACAGUUUUAACUCAGCCUGUUUAAAGGCCCCCCAGGUUAUUUACGUUGUGUUUGCAGCACUCUUCAAAUCAUUUUGAGUCCAUUUCUCCACAAGAUAAGCUACAGUGCAUCGCUCCAACUAUAUUGACACUGUUAUGAAUCAUUUACAACGUUGAAGCCUAGAAGCUUCCUCCUCCUCAGCUGUCCGGACAGGUUCGCAUCAUGGAGAUGCGCACACAGCCCGCCUGAGCACUGUCUAACGUGUUAGUCUCUCCUACCGGGAAAAAUUGGUCCUCCUUGAAGUUUACUAAUUUCAAGUGUUAAAUACUCCAAAUGUGCUUUCGUUGAGAGGUGACAGUGUGGGGAAUGUAAAUAUGGACUGCUCUAUAUUAGAAACAAGGGUGCUAUUCAUCUAUAACUAAUGCACUCUACUGUAUCUUCCAUUGACACUAAAACUGACACCGUGACCACAAUAUUGAUGCUGUGGAUGGACUAGGUUUCUGGUCCAAAACAGAGGGACCGAUCUGUAUUAGCACUAGAGAACACUGACUUGAGUAAAAUCGUGGUUAACAAUUCAACUGUGCUGAAGUGCUGUACUUUGGAAUUUUGCUUCAUGAAAACCAAAUGAUCUGUGAGUGAAUUUUGAAUGGAGUGAGCUGUAUCGUGGUUUCAUGUUUUCCCACUCACCGACUCGAUGGUUUCUCUACCGGCUGUGUGAUGUUCACCUCAUUGUUUCAGGUCACCAUCAACCCCUACAGCAGAAUGGGUCAUAGUCACCAUGACAUCCAAAAAAAGAGAAGGAUCCUUCACACCUGCUCUUUGACUGUGCAUUAAGUCAGACUGUUCUCAUAGUGUGAAUCAAAAACAGGGACACAAUGAAAUUUGAUCAAAAACCUCACUCCACAAGAUGUCCCUUUCAAUCACUUGACACGUUUAUUACACAUAUACUUACAGUUAACACAGUUUAUGCAAAGACUCUGGAUGACAUGCCCCUGUUAGCAUUCAUAAAGAAGACAGGCUAUUUCACAAUAAAAUCAGUUAUCUUACCAUUUUAAAAGGUAUUUACAUCUUUGUUAUAUUCUCCUUUUGGACGUUAUAACAGACUAUGUAAAACGUAAACAUGUGCUUGGGUUUGUAAUUUAUAUACUCUCAAUUGUGUUCAACACACCUUAUAUAACACUAGGCGAGUGUGAGGUCGUCUAACAGUGAUUCCAUGCUGUUACAAAGACAUCUUGUGCGAGGGUAGAAGCUAACCCAGCCAGUUACAGUCGCACAGACACAUGCUUCAUCAACUCAUGUCUCCAUCACUGCUGGCCUGUGCAAUGUUUUGACUGGCAGUGCAAAGCCAUCUCACACCACACUGAACAACACUGUAAUGGUA